AUGACCACAGCGCAUAGACCUACGUUUGAUCCCGCACGGGGAAAAGAUGCCCUGCGAGGGCCUGCCUAUCAUCAGCGCCUGCAGGCCGCGCAUACAAAAUUGAAGUUCCGCAAAGCUGGUCAGGGCGGUGACGGAGACCGUGAGGUUCGCGACCUGCGCGCUGAGCUUCUUCAGGCCGAGGCUGCGCACAAGGCCAAGCUCCACGGUGGCCCCAUCCCAGACGACGACUCUGAAGCGCCCGAGUCUAGCACGAAUGCCUCUAAGCGCCCACUGGAGAUCGCCAACCACGAAGCCGACGAGGAAGAUGCAGAGGCAAAGCGGCGGCGAAUAUUAGAGGAGACAAGAGACAUUGACGCGGACGAUUCAGAAGAGGACGAUGACGAUGACGACGACAGCGAGGAUGACAGUGAUGACGACGAGGAUGAGACGGCUGAGCUGCAGAGAGAGCUCGAGAAGAUCAAGCGGGAACGAGCCGAGAAGCGAGAGAGAGAGGAACGUGAGAGAGCUGCAGCCGAGCAAGAAGAGAAGGAGCGCGAUAUAGCUCUAGGCAACCCUCUUCUCAACAAGCCAGACUUUAACAUCAAGCGCCGGUGGGAUGACGAUGUCGUCUUCAAGAAUCAGGCAAGGGGCACUGACGACAAAGGAAAGAAGAAGGAGUUCAUAAACAGCCUACUGGACAGGCGCUAUGGUGGACAUCAGGACCUUAAGCUGGAGGAGCUGCAAAGGGAAGUUCUCAGUAUCAAGGAGGCCGUCGGAAAGUCCGUUGCAACAAACUUAAUGAACCCGUCGCCGCCGACGAGUACAUCAUCUCCUCACUUUGUCAAUGGCCGAGUGCCACAGCCAAGGGCUCUGAAGUCAAGAGUCUUUUCUGGGGAAGACAUUGGUCUCUACUUCCAAAGAUACUUUGAAUGUUUUCACGACUACUUCCCCAUUGUGAGACUACAGGAUCCCGACAAGUGCUACGAGAAGGCUCCGGUGCUCUUUUGGGCCAUUCUCAUGGUUUCAGCGCGGCGCUUCGCAAAAGACAGCACUGUCCUCCCCUUUUUGACCGAAUCCGUACCUCCUGAGAUCUGGUCUGCCGCGGCUGUCCCACCGCUCUCCGUCGAGGCCAUCAAUGCAUUGUUGCUCCUAUGUGCAUGGCCACUCACGACAAUCAGGUUUAUUGCAGACCCCUCAGCUCACUACAUGUCUCUGGCAAUGACAUCUUGCUAUCUCCUGGGUCUGCAAAGCGGCCGCGGAGAGCAACCGGAGCUACUUCGACCGAACUAUCAGAUCCGAUGUACGGACGAGGAAGCUGCAUAUACCUGGGCUGGUGCCAACAUCAUCACUCAAAAGGUGUCGACAUAUAUAGGCAUUCCAACCACCAGUACCUCCUUCAACCAGACCAUCGAAGAACUACUUGACGGCAAAGCCUCCACCCAGUUUCCGACUCACUAUUCUGUCGUUCUUGAGUGUGCCAGAUUCUCAAACCGCGUCAGUAAGACCAUGUGCGCCGCUCUAGAGGGAGUCGAGAGCAUCUCUCCACAUUUGAUCUACAUGUACGAGGAGGAGUUUGCGAAAUUGCAAGGUCUCAUGCAGCCCGAAUUGUCUGAGCUGGACCAGUUUGUCUUACAGUCUACGUUGUUGGAAUUGCAGAGUUACUACUUCACCGCUCCUCAAGAUCUCACGGCCGAGCCGAAGAUGCGUAACAUCUUCAAGGCGUUCAACACCUCCCAAUCCCUGAUACAGCAGGCUCUCAAACUCCAUAGUGAUAAGCUUUUCCUUGCUUACGCCCCUCAUUACGUCUGUCGGACGCUGCUGCUGGCCGCUUGCAUCAUCAUCCUAGGAGCACUCUCCCCAGACAUGCGCGACACCCCCCUGCCAUCAAGAAACGGUUUGGUGCAGGACGCCAUCUCAACGAUAAAGCAUUGCUCGGUGAUUGGCGGAGACAUCUCGUGGAGAGGCGCCAAGAUGCUCGAGACGUAUUGGUCCUUCUGCCAGAUGCAAGCCCCGAUCAAAGUCGACAUGACCCGGAUCUCUCAGUUCUCCCAUCGCCUUGGAACGAGCUUGGUAUUCGAAUGCCUACGACAGUGGAAGAGGCGUGUAGAAUCGACGCUUCCACCCACGAGUUCCUCGACAAAGGAUCAGCCUACCAAUGAAGGAACUGAAGAAGGGCUGACAAAGCCGUAUCCAGCUGGAGUACCAACAGACGAGAACACGGCGGAACAAGACAUACAGUUCUUUGACUGGGAUGCCCUGAUGACCGAGUUUGAUUGGAGUUUCAUGCCAGAUAUCACACCUUCCUUGAAUGUCUAG